CGGGUGCUGCGUCAGAUCCUGGCCACCUACAACCUGCCGAGCUGGGGCCGUGCGGAGAUUGCGCUGAGCCUGAUGCAGGAGGGCAACCAGCACUACCAGCUCCACGAUGUGGUGGAGGCAGUGCGGGAGUCCCAGGACCGCGAGUUCAUCAAGCGCUCUCUCUCCCUUAACUGCCUCAUCUGCUUCUCGCUUUACCCUCGCAGCAAGACGCAGACGCUGACCUCCUGCGAGUGCACCAUCUGCCAGGGCUGCUUCAAGGACUACUUCACCUUCACGGUGCGGGAGAAGCACAUCAAGGACCUGGUGUGUCCCGGCUGCUCCAAGCCCGACAUCGACGAUGAAGCCCAGAGGCUCAGUUACUUCUCCACCCUGGACGUGCAGCUGCGAGACUGCCUGGACACGGACGUCUACAACCUCUUCCACAAGAAGCUGACCGAGAGAACGCUGAUGACCGACCCCAAGUUCAAGUGGUGCACACACUGCUCCAAUGGGUUUAUCUACGACGGGAACCAGAGCCGGGUGACUUGCCCUCAGUGUCAGGGCAGCUUCUGUGUGGAGUGCAGGAGGCCGUGGGAAGCCCAGCACCAGGGAAUCAGCUGCGAGGAUUUCCAGAACUGGAAGCGGGAGAAUGACCCGGAGUACCAGGCGCAGGGGCUGGCCGCCUACCUGAAGGAGAACGGGAUCGACUGUCCGAAGUGCAAAUUCCGCUACGCACUGGCUCGAGGCGGCUGCAUGCACUUCACCUGCUCCCAGUGUCAGCAUGAGUUCUGCAGUGGAUGUUACAACACCUUCCUGGGCAAGAAGAAGUGCAACGAUCCCUCCUGCCGCUUGAAGGACAGCCUACACGCGCACCACCCACGGGACUGUCUGUCCUACCUCCGGGACUGGCCCGUCCCAAGGCUGCAGGAGUUGUUACAGAAAUACGGGGUGAACUUCGACACGGAGCCCCCAGUGGGGGCCGAGGCGACUCCCGGAGGUCGGUGCCGGGUGAUGCAGCAACGUGAGGAACAGGGCAAACUGACGGACGAGGCCUGUGGCACCGAGGCCCAGCGGGGGCACGCGGGGCUGUGCGAGUCCCACUACAAGGAGUACCUGGUGAGCCACAUCAACGGCCACUCGCUGGACCCGGCGCAGCUGUACAGCGAGGGGGAGAUGGAGCGGUUCCUGGCCCGCUGCGGGAGACCCCAAGCCCCCCGGGGUCCCAACGAGGACGAGGCCCAGUACAGGGGCCGGCUGCUCAAGGUGAUCACCGGCAUCCCCCUGGGGGACAAGGUGCCGAGGAUCCGCAAGUGACAGCAGUUCCUGCAACGUGGCUUCCGUUCGGGAUCAGGAUCUGAUGGACCAGGACCUGUCCCUGUGCCCUGCACACUCUUCCCCCCCCCCCCCCCCCCCACCUUCCCCCUCGCCUGUCCUGCACGCUCCCCCUCCCCUUCCCCCUCACCUGUCCAGCAUGGUCCCCCUCACCCCCUCUCCCCGCCCUUCUCGCCCCCUCCUCCUCCCCCCUCAGCCCCUCCCCCUCAGUCGCCCGGAUGUGUCCCCGUCCCAUGUGGGACGCCCCCCCCCCCCCGGUCCCAAUCCCCCACCCCACUGCCCGGCCCUGACCACCCCCCGCCCCCCCCCCCCCCCCCCCACCCGCAUCGACAGUCUAACGGAACGACGGUCCUCCGUUCGAAGGGGUCAGGAAGCCGGGAAUUUUCGCAGCAAUAAAAACCAAGAAUGUUGGAAACACCCAGCAGGCUGGGCAGCGUCUGAGGAGAGGGAAGCCAGUGACGUUUCAGGUCUGAGAUCCCCUCCACACAACCCAGAAACAAAAGCAAGGAAGGCAAUUUAGUCUCCAGUGGCGGAGGAGGAGGGAGGGAGGGAGGGAGGUGUGGGUAGAACAAGAGGGAGUAUCUCCGAUGGGGGUAAUAGGGGCAGUCCAGAGCAAGUUGCGCUGCUUCCGGUGUCCUGUGCUGGCAGUAGCAGCGGCUGCGGGAUGUGCCCAGCAGUGACAGAACGUACCAAUGCAGGGAGGAAACCCGAGCCACGUCGCAGGUUGAGGGAAAGAGGGAGUGACUCAGGAGUUGGGAGUCUGGAGGCUUGUGACAGGCCCAGAGGGAAGAGCUGGUGUCGGGCCCCGUAACAGUGCAGGGGGUGGUGGGGUCGGGGUGGGGGUGGGAGGGAGAAUUAAAGUGACAGAUAACCGGGAGCUCAGGGUCGCUCCUGUGUCCGAAGCGGCCACUGGUGAGCUUCUCGGAGAAGGUAUUUCACUGGAGGUGUGUUGUAAGACAAGUUCUUUAAGGUCUCAAAGGGCAAGGACCCUGGACACGGAGUAGAAAAAUGGUUUAUUCACAGAGACAAACGUGAGGCAGAGUGAACGGGAACAGACACACACUUAUAUAAUGCCUGCCAUCCCCUGACUCUGUGCAAGCAUCGGCUCGACGCUCCCGGGAAUCUACUCAGGACGCUCCUAACCCCUGUGGAAGUGCACACUCUCACCAAUGGUCCCUUCGGCGGGGUCUCGAUUCCUGCAGCAGUCAAAAGAGAGAGAACCACGCUCACACGGCACUCUUUAUAGUGCUGGAGGGCUGGGUGGAGCCAGCCCAGGUAGUUCAAACAGACCAAUGUCUCGGGGCUGUAGUGUAAAAGAUCAUGGCUGUCAUCUGACCGUGACAACCCUGACCUCUCUGGCCGGGAUGACACCAUUGAGCACAUGGCCGAAAGCGACACUACUGUCGAUCAAGGUCUGGCACCACCCACCCAUUAGUGCCCACCUUGACCAUUGGGCCUAUGUAUAUACCUGUUGUACCUGGUCAUGACAUUUUUGAAUCACCUAAGCUGGCUCCACCCAGCUCUCGGGCACUAUAAAAAGUGCUGCACGUGCUGGUUCGUUCUCUCUCUCCCUCCGAGGAUGUUGAGGUGAGCUGUACACUACUUCAGGGAAGAUAGUUAAAGAUCCCGGGGAGCAUUAGAGCCAACGUUUGUCCAGAUUCAAGGUGUUCUGUCAUUGUACUGUUUAUUCCUUGAUCAGUUGUAACCAGUUCAUUGUGUGUGUGUGUGUGUGUGUGUGUGCGUGCGCGGUCGCGCGUCUCACCUCUGUUGCGACUUCCCCCACGUCUCGCGAUCACCUAUGUGUGUGCGCGAGUGUGCGUCCAUUCUGUCCCUGCUUUUGCCUUUGUAAGUAAAUUUUCCCUUAUUUUAAAAUACAAAGACUUGUGUCUGAA